AGAGCGAUCGCGAUGACCGAUUCAGUCGGCAGUCGCUUGUCCGCUCUCUUGCGGCAGCUACGUUAAAUCGGGGCGAUUUCUCGGUCCAACUUUAAGACAUUUGACUCGCGCAAACAUUGAUAUUGAUUGUUGACGUCGUUUCUAAGCGUAGCGAUUUAAUAUCUCCAUGAAGAACCAACUUGACAGAAAAUAUUACUUGCUGAUUUUUUUUCUUUUGUGGAAAUCUUAGUUGUCACAUUCAAAAUGCCGCUGUUGCCCGACGAAACAGAUAUUCCAAAUAAAAUAUUGAUAGAGGAGGUCAGAAAAACACCAAACUUGUACGAUAAAACGUUGCCGGGGUACAUGAAGGGUGAUUUGAAGAGAAAGUUAUGGUUCGAGAUAGCCGAGAAACUCUUCCAGCACAAUUGGAAUAUAUGGAGCAAGAUGCAGAGGAGAGAAGCGGUACUGGCAAUCCAGAAGCGAUGGGGUAACUUGAGGACGUGUUUUGCGAGGGAAGUAAAGAAACGAAUGAAAAUGAAAGGUUCAAACGUAAUCGACGACGAUAAAAAAUACAGAUACUAUGACCAAAUGAUGUUUCUAUGCAAAUUCCUGGCGAUCAAAACCAUUGAAAAUGAAUAUGACAGUGUAUCACAGAUAGAAGAUAAUAGUGUAUACGAAGAUAUAGAUAACGACUCUAUCCAACACAAUAUUACAUGUGAAAGCAACGAAUCUGACCGACGUAGUAGUACGUUCGAAGGCAACAAGUCUGACCAAUGUAAUACUUUUGAAAUUAACGUUUCAGACAGUCAAGAAUCCGACAAAGAAGAUUGGCAAGAAGAAUACGUAGAACAGUACUUGGAAGACUCUGGAGACAUUGCCGAACAUAGAGACGAUAGUGACAAUGACACUGUCUAUGAAAUAAGUGAAGUACCCACGAGUAUACUCCAAAACGAAGAAGUUUACGCAGUUGUAAACACAGAUUUAGGAGAUCCAUUGGAUGUCAUAUUAAGGAAAAACAAAACAAACCCAAAAAUGGUAGUACACCUAAAUGACGCGAAAAGAAGAAAGGAAGAACAUGCAGACGAUGUAAACAGAAGAAAGGUAGAACAUGUAGACGAUGCAAGCAGAAGAAAAGUAGAACACGCAGAUUAUGCAAAGAGAAGAAAGGUAAAAUACGUAGAUGAUACAAAGAGAAUAAUGGUAGCACACGCGGAUGACGCAAAGAGAAGAAAGGUGGAACAUACAGACGACGCCAAGAGAAGAAAGGUGGAACAUGCAGGUGAUGGAAAUAAAAGAAAGGUGGAGCAAGUAGAUGAGGCAUUUAGAAGAAAGGUAGAAGUAGAUGAUGCCAGCAGUGUAAACCAAGACACGAACUUUGCUUUAUCCCUAGUGCCCAUGUUAAAAGGAUUGCCAUUAAAUAAAAAAAUAAGAGCACAAAUUGAAAUACUUAAAGUUUUUCAGCGUAUCACAGAAAACGAUAUGUAGUGAUGUUUGCCUUAAAUACAAAUGCAUUGUUAUUAAGUAUACUAAUACAUACCUAGAAAGCUAAGCAGAAUAAAAGUCUAAUCAUGUACUAAUA